GUGAUGCGACGUUUCCAUGUAGACUUUGCAGACAGACAUGCAAACAGGAGGUCGUGCAGACGGCUGCCAAGGACCAUUGCCGCGUUCAGGCAAACAAGAUCCCCACAGACACAGACAGUCCCACCACACACAACACACACACAACUCACACACACCGCCACCGCCACCGCCGCUCACCUCACACCUUCAUGUUAAUAAUCCGGUCUAUCGACUGCAUGGAUGAGAACAUAUACCCCCCGCCAAAUAAGACGUAGUGAUUCAGCAAGUGGUACAAAUUGUACACCUCUUUCCUCGUCUGGUGGCCGGGCGGCAGGGGCCAUGCCUCAUCAUAAGCCUUGUAGAACUCACCACUUAGCCGCCCGAACAGCUGCGACAUAGCGAUAUCCACUUCCCGAUCGCCGUAGUAGGUGGCCGGGUCGAAAAUGACGGGUGUGCCGUCCGAGAGAUACCCAGCGUUGCCCGUCCACAGGUCACCUGUGAGUGCCACACAGACGACACAGCACACCAGUCGGUGAGUCGGGGCAAAAUGGAUGGAUGGAUGUGGCUGUGGGUACCAUGGACGAGUGACGGCUGGCAGGUGUGUUUGGAGAGGAUGUCUUUCACCUUCGCCCGCAGCUUCCUCUCCUUGUCGCUGUCAAUGAUGUUGGCCAGCCGCAGCAUGUGACCUAACCGGUGCUCGUCCCAGAAAUCUACCCAUGUGUCACACCUGCAUGAACCAGCAGGGAGAGAAACACGCACUCACACCGAUUGUGGUCAUCCAUCGUGUUGGAUGAGGCCUGGCCUGGUCCACCCGCCCACCAUUGGUUCGGCUGUGGCGUGGCCCCGAUUGUGUUGUCCAUGUGCCACCCAAACUUGGCAUUCGGACUCAGAGACCUGGCGAUCGAACGAUGGUGCUCAUUCACACACAUCCAAAAUGUCCUCUCCUUCUCCUCUUGUGGUCACCUGUGCAUGUUCGCAAGAUUGGUGCCCAUCCGCCUGGCAUUCUCCCCGCCCCCGGAGCGGCCCAUGUUGAGCUGCUCGAAGAUGACAAACGACCGGCUGCCGCCGUUCCCAAACGUGCCAUAACAGAUGGGAUCGGGCACCUGAUUUGAUUGACGCCGGCAGCAGACAGAAGGAGCUGCAGCGUGGUGUGGUGUCCACCUGUACGUCUGUGUGUCUGCUGGCUGCGUAGCUGACCUUGAUGGUUUUGGUAUCCGCCAUAUCCUUGACACCCUUGUACUCGGCCUCCAGCAUCUGCGCCGAAGCACCACUGCCUGCACACACACAACCAAACCAUGCGAAACGACGAUACCUGAACUCUUCGUGUGUCCAUUCUGUUACCUGCGCUCUUGUAGAAGUACUUGGUGCCUGUGCUCUUAUCGACAAUGAUGCCAACGGAGGCACCGCCUCCCCCGCCCCCUCCGCCACUGACCAGCUCCACAUCAGCCGUGUGGCCCAGGGCCUGCGUGAGUGCCUCGGAAAGCGCCUCCUGCAGCAAUGUGGCCGUCGAUGCCGUCAUGCACACGGCAGAGGGGCAGGGGGAGGCCCUCAUGGAGGAGAGAGGCAGGGACCGAUGAGGAAGGGGAGAUCUUUGAUGGGAUGAUGAUGAGAUCUGGUAGCAGACACACGCAGGCAGGGUAAGCACUGGUGCCUUGCUGCCUUGCUGACUUAAUGCUUGCCGUGCGUACAAGAUAUGCAGAACUCGUCGGCUUUGCUGAUGCUGAUGCUGCUGCUGCUGAUGCUGAUGCUGCAUUUAGCAGCCCAAAGCAGACUGUGGCGACGGCGAGAGGGCUCGGCCACGCAUACAGCCUUUCCAAGAACAUCAGAUCCCC